ACCAGUUUUUUUAGCCGGUCGCCCAAACGCACUAACGUUCUUGACCAGAUUGUUUCGCGAAGGCUGCCAAGAGCAUCUUCCACAAGAUGGAACUUCAACAGCAGAAUUGUGAACACUGUCUAUGAGAACCUAGAUGACCUAGUACAGUGUUUUGAAACAAUCAGGACAACCAGCUCAUUUGAUAGCACUACAGUGAGGGAGGCGUCUGGCUUUUUGAGGAUGCUGCAGGAUGAUGACUUCCAGUUUUUCCUUCAACUAUUUCAUCAAAUCAUGCCUCAUGUUGACGUGUUGUACCAGCAGCUGCAGAAGAAGGACAUUGAUGCAGUGUUCAUCAAACGAGCCAUCCAGAGAUUCACAAGCAGUUUGCAGGCCAUAAGGGACCAAGAUCCAUCCACUGAGAAGCAACAAGUUGCAGAAGGUACCACAAGAUCAAGGAGGUCCUUGGGACCAGAAGAGAAACUGAGGCUAACUAAAGAGGUCUGUGACACAAUCCUGGUUCAUGCUAAAGAAAGGUUCUCCUUCACUGACCACCUCAUCAGUGCCACACUGCUACAAGGAGACAUGUUCGAACAGCAUUGCCGUACAUUUCCUGCUGAGGCUCUUACCACCACCAUCAUGGCAUACCCCAUGCUGAAUAAGGCAAAGCUCAAGACUGAGCUGUCACUAAUCUAUGAGAGUCCUGAAUUCAAAAGCUGCUGUGGUGCACUGGCAUUAUAUCAGGUUCUACUGAAGUAUAACCUCCAGGACACUUUUUCUGAGACUGUGACUCUGUUAAACAUCCUCAUAACCACUCCCAUGACAACGGCUGAAGCGGAAAGGUGUUUCUCCACCUUAAAAAGAAUAAAGACAUUUCUGCGAAAUGCAAUGGGACAGGAACGUCUCAAUGCUCUGGCCAUGCUUUCAAUGGAGAGAGAACUGGUCAGGAACAUGCCUGACUUUAAUGAGAGUGUGAUUGAUCACUUUGCUGCUUUUAAAGAGAGACGAGCAAAAUUUCAGUACAAGUGAAUAGUGAGAAGAUAACUGCUGAUUGAACUGAUUUAAUUGUUGAAUUGUUAGGGUUUCAUUGCACAUCAGCCCUAGUGCUAUUGCCUAUUUCUAUUCUAAAAUGCAAUACCUAAAAUAAAAUGCUCUCUGAUGAAGAUGGCAUUAAAUUGUUGUGAUUGGGAAGAUCUGAUGGUAAAUCUGGCCUAUCUCCAGUUGUUUGUGAGUGCUAACUGAGAUAUCAACUUUUUUUUCGUGACCACAGUUAAUUGUUCAGUCAUUGUAUAUCAGGAUAUCAGUGCACAAAUACUGAUACACUGUAAAGAGAAACAUUUAUUUAUAAUAAUUUUUUAUGUUCUUGUUAGCUAGCUGUUUAUUUAUUUUCCCAGUGGAAAGGAGACCUUGGAUGUUAACACAAUUGCCCCCCCAGAGAGAUUUCUCAGGAGCCG